GUCAAUGAGCUGAAAAACUGUUUGCUGAAUCAGGAGAGUCCUACACAUGAGAAUACAAUUGAGUCUGAGGCCUCCUUAAAGCUGCAGUUUGCGUUGAAGGUCUGUCGUGAAGACCUGACUAAAGCCCAACAGGAGCUGGUCAGGAUCAAAGCUGAGUACUGGGAUGUGGUGCCUCGAUGUGACUGGUACUCCUUGGAACAAGCACACAAGCAGACCUUGGUGCAGCUGAAGACACUGCAAGGUGACUUUGACCAGUUGAGGAGAAAGUAUGAAACUCUGCAGGAGCUCUAUAACACCGACAGCUUGCAGAUGACUCACUGCUCUGUGAUUCUGCAGGUGGAUGAGAACGUGUCUCACCGACAAACUCCACUUGAAUCCAGUCAGCCAAACCAGCUGAUCAGCUCUGAUCCUCCAGAGGGCGCUCUGCUCAAUGUCCAGGAGUUCAGUGCAGCCCUGACAAUGGCCUUCCCACUGAGGUCACAUCCUGCCAUUGAUGACCCAGUGCCUUCAGCUCAAAGUGAAGUGGACCUCAGUUCCUCUCAGAGACUCUCCAGCCCGGUACAGACCAGCAGGGCUUUCCCUGUCAUUUCAGUCAUAUCACACACAACAACAAAUAUAUACACAGAGGUUAGUCUGUCACCAACAUGAAACCAAAAACCAGUGGCACACAUUAGAGCAGGUGCCUUUGUGGGACAGGACAUACAGUAGUUCUCUCUGUCCACCCAUAUGUAAAGAGUGUUGUAGUCAAGUUCCAAAACCUACAAAGCUAAAGUAUCAGUUUAAA